CAUCGAGUCACGGCUGGUUCCAUGACCGCUCGCGGAGCGAGGUGUUUGUCCGACAAAAGAUCUGCGACUCUUUUGGCACACGACGUUCCUCAGCCAACAUAAAAGAGACCAGAUGAGAUGGCACAAACCGGCGAUAGCAACGUUUAGUUCUAAUCGAUCGAACGCCGAAUCAAUGAAGAACGCGUGGAAGCCCCCGCGAGUCAAGACAAGAAGUCGUCGAAUAUUAUAAAAUACAUUCCCCGACCGAGAAACAGGUUAGUCCGUCUCGUGUUGAUGCCGAGGUUCUUAGUCUCGCGUAGUCGCGCGUGUCCUUCCAAAAAGUGAAUGAGUGAGUGUCGAUCGCGAUGAUCUCCGGAAUCGUCCUGGUCCUGGUCGCGGGGCUUGCUGUGUGCUCCAGCCAGUACUACAGCAUAAACCUGGGCGUUGAUGAACCCUUGGUAGCACAACCCGUUCCGGCUCCACCACCAUCACCGUCCGGUGGUCCAGUCCAAGAGGUUCGACCCAAGAUCACCCCGCUGGAUGCGAUGAUCGACAAAACGAACCACCUCGGGUUCCGCAUCCUGUACCUACACUCGAAGGGCAACAAGAACAACAUUGCCUUUUCGCCGUGUGCCCUGGCCAGCAUUCUGGUGGCGCUGUACGAGGGAGCGGAUGGGCGGAGCGCAGCAGAAAUUCACGAGAAUCUGGUCGUUCCGUACGAUAAGGAUAUUCUGCGGGUGGGCUACCGGGACAUUCAUCGGCGGUUGCGAAGUUACUUUUAUCAGAAGGAGAACUUGCUCAGCGGGCUGAGCUUGAGCAGCGAGAACAUCACGAUUCGCCCUGAGUACGAAUCCGUACUGAAAUUCUACGGCUACGACCUGGACAACAUCCCGGAAAUGCACAUGCAAACCACCACCACCACAACGAUUCUCCCAAUGUCAACCGAGUCCGAGGAGACCACAACGUUCCCAACGGACUACGAGAUGACAUCCAGCGAGGAAGAAGAGACCAUGUCCACCACCGAAUCGAUUCCCACCACGCUGGAUUACACGACGGGCUCGUCGGAAGAGGACGAAGAAACAACGGUGACAACCGAGUCGGAACAACAAUCUGGCGAAGAUGAGACGACUACCGUGGGCACGGACGAGGACGGUGAAAGCACCACGUUGGAGGGUGAGACAACGACCGAAGAGGAAGAAGCAACCGAGGCAACCACGGAAGAGCAGACGGAAGCUCCGAGUGAGGCACCUGCCGAGGGUGGUGAGAAGCGGAGACGAAAUCUGAGAAAACGUGGUCAACGAUUGAGUCAGUCGCAGCGACGUCAAUCGCAUCCGAAUUAUCGGACGCGAACGCUACGGAGUAAACGAAACCCGGAGGAAUUCGACCUGGCGAGUCAUCAGCGGUUUUUGCAGAACUUUCUUCUUCAGGACGUAACCACGGCGUCUCCGUUCGCUGCGUUCCCGAGCUUCUCCGCCGAGCGAUCGAACCAGUUCCAGCAGGAUCGUUUGCUCGAAGAUACGAUCGAGCACAACUUCUACCUGAGCGAAACGGAGACGGUUAAGGUGCCGUACAAGAUCUACAACACGAUUCUUAAGUACGCGUACAUCGAACGACUCCAAUCGACGGUUCUGGAGUUGGAGCUGGAUUCGGACGAUUACAUGCUGAUCAUCAUACUGCCGGACUACGAGUUUGGGCUCAGUAAUUUGAUGAAAUUGCUCCAGAUCGGUGACAAUGUACCCAAUUUGAGGGAUAUCGUGAAGCAGAUGACACCGUCGUGGGUCAAAACGAUCGUGCCCAAGUUUAACCUGAAGGGGAACAUCAUUCUGACCAGCGACUUGCAAAAUAUGGGAAUCAACGACAUCUUUGAACCAGCGCGUGCCGACUUCACGCCCAUGACGGAAGACCCACUGAUUUACGCGAAGCACAUCGAGCAGUCAAUCAACAUCAACAUCCGAACGCAGUCACUGCAGCAGCUAAAACGGUUCACAUCGCUGUACAAAAACCCCAUCGAGCUGGCCAUAAACUAUCCCUUCCUGUUUUGCAUUUUGGACAAAGAGAUGGACCUGGCGCUCAUCACCGGACGUAUCCUUAAUCCGCUUAACUCUCGAAUUCAUUAAAACAAUAAAAUUUAUUUAAUAUCGAUCGUUCGAUACCAUCGCGCA